CAUACUUCUAAGCCAUUAACUUUCAUAUUUAUUCUAGCUUCAGAUGUCAGCCAUCACAUGAUGAGUAGCUGGGUGUGUGAAGUCUGUCUGGUCCCUAACGAUGAUGUGCCAAGCUGCGUCUGCUGUGCUACUCCUAGACCUAGAAACAAGGAUCAUGCUAAUUUAAAACAAGAUGAAGCAGCGAAGGAUUAUGCAGUAGGAACAGUCAAUGAUGCCAGUAAUGGUCAGGGGAAAGAUGUACAUACAAAAGACAAGAGGUUGCGUAUGGACUUCGAUAGUUCAGCAUUGCCACACAGUUGCCUUUUUGUUGUUGGUUCGUCAGAAGUAGAUCAGUUGCCGAAACAUAUCUGCGAUAAGAGCGUCAAUGAAAAGGAUGGAUCGACAGAAUCUUUGUUUGAGUGCUCUUUACCGACACCCCUCGUGGAAAAGGGUAUAGGUGCCAUUGCACAUUUAGCAUGCGGAUCUCUGCAUACCGCAGUAGUGACACGCAAAGGCCGUGUAUAUACUUUCGGAUGCAAUGAUAUGGGAGCUCUAGGUAGAGAAGAGAACUCCAAUGUUCCUGAAUGCAACCCAUACCCUGUAAGGUUGCGCCGCAGUAUUAAGAAGGUAUCAUGUGGUGAUAACCACACCUUAUUUUUGACCGAUGGUGGAACGGUGUAUUUCACUGGUGCUUUUAGAGACACUUCUGGCGUCAUUGGCAUCCCCGACUUUACUGAUAUGAGUUCACUAAAAAAUAAGGGUCAUCUAACAACCCCAAUCGAUUUACCACUAAGUGUAUCAGGAUCGACAGUCAUAAACGAUAUUUGUUCUGGAGAAAACCACUGUCUAUUGCUUCCUACAAGUGGAGUUGGAAUUUAUGUAAUGGGAAGCAAUGAAUUCGGGCAGCUAAUGUUGCCUAAGGGAUACGAAGCUAUCGUUCCAACUGAAAAGCAGCCUGAUCUAUCGGAUGAAAAUUUAAUAAAAUUGGCAUUAACGUGGCCGCAGUUCCUUGUUGUAGAACAAUUAUUUACCAGCAAGCGUAAUCCCACUCGUGGCGUUAAACGACGCAAGCACGGGGAUGAAUAUAUCCGACGAAUAUUUACUGGAUAUUGUACGAGUUUCAUAGAAACAGGUAUCUCUCGUCGUAUAUAUGGUGCUGGACGCAAUGCACAGGGCGAAGUAGGAUGCGAAAGCGAUGAAUUAUGUAUUAUGCAACCAACUGAGCUGGUGUAUUUUCAUGGUAUAAGGAUAUCAAAGAUUGUAGGUGGGCAAUUUUUUACCGCUGCGUUAACCGAUGACGGCAAUCUGUUCACUUGGGGGAACUGUAGCUAUAUAGGCCGUAGUAUUCAAAAUGAACAUGAUACACAGAAAAGUCCGAAGAAAUUGAUCUUCUUCAAGGACAAUGUGACAGAGCUAUUUGUUGGAGCUGACGCUUGCUUUGCGGUAACAAAACGCCGACAAUUGUUCGCUUGGGGCUCAGCCCAAAACUACGUACUAGGCAAUGGGCGUGAUUAUACGUUCCAAGUCUUACCAGAACUAAUCAAUUCUGACCAUUUCCCAGGAUACAAUGUCAUUGGUGGAAUGGGAGGUUCACAGCAUACGGUAUUUUUGUGCAACAAAGCCAAGAACACAACAUAGAAUAUUAGGGCACAGGCCUUUAACAUCACAGUCG